AUGGCGUCUGCAGAAGGCGCUGUGCGGACUCUGCGGGACUGGCAGGUGCCCUUCACAAACAUGGCGGCCGGGGGGUGCGGGGCGUGGCGGGGUCUGGAUGGGAAGCCGAGCAGACGGCCCCAGAACAAGCGGUCAUGUGACUGGGAAGAUGGCCGUCUUUCCUUGGCACUCCAGGAAUAGGAACUACAAAGCUGAAUUUGCAUCAUGCCGACUAGAGGCUGUACCAUUGGAGUUUGGGGACUAUCACCCUCUGAAACCCAUAACUGUCACAGAGUCAAAGACAAAGAAAGUGAACCGGAAAGGAAGCACUUCUUCCACGUCCUCCUCCUCCUCCAGCUCCGUGGUGGACCCGCUGAGCAGCGUCCUCGAUGGGACUGACCCCCUCUCCAUGUUUGCAGCCACUGCUGACCCCGCAGCCUUGGCAGCUGCCACGGACAGCUCCAGGAAGAAACGUGAUAGAGAUGAUAACUCCAUUGUAGGAUCGGAUUUUGAGCCUUGGGCCAACAAACGGGGAGAAAUCCUUGCCCGGUACACCACUACCGAAAAGCUGUCUAUUAAUCUGUUUAUGGGAUCUGAAAAAGGCAAAGCUGGGACUGCCACGUUGGCAAUGUCAGAGAAGGUUCGGACCCGGCUGGAGGAGCUGGAUGACUUUGAGGAGGGUUCCCAAAAGGAGCUGUUGAACUUGACUCAGCAGGAUUACGUGAACCGCAUAGAGGAGCUCAACCAAUCGCUGAAGGAUGCCUGGGCCUCAGACCAGAAAGUGAAGGCUCUAAAAAUAGUCAUCCAGUGUUCAAAGCUUCUUUCAGACACCAGUGUUAUUCAGUUCUACCCAAGCAAAUUUGUCCUCAUCACCGACAUACUUGAUACAUUUGGAAAGCUCGUGUAUGAGCGCAUCUUUUCCAUGUGUGUGGAUAACCGCAGUGUCUUACCAGAUCACUUUUCUCCAGAGAAUGCAAAUGACACGGCCAAGGAAACAUGCCUAAAUUGGUUUUUCAAGAUUGCCUCCAUCAGGGAACUCAUUCCAAGAUUUUACGUGGAGGCAUCCAUCCUGAAAUGUAACAAAUUCCUCUCCAAAACGGGAAUUUCAGAGUGCCUGCCCCGGUUGACAUGCAUGAUCAGAGGGAUCGGAGACCCGCUGGUGUCGGUUUAUGCCCGUGCCUACCUGUGCCGGGUGGGAAUGGAAGUGGCCCCACAUCUCAAAGAAACCCUAAAUAAGAACUUUUUUGACUUCCUCCUUACGUUCAAACAGAUUCAUGGGGAUACGGUCCAGAACCAGCUGGUGGUCCAAGGAGUGGAGCUCCCAUCAUACCUCCCCUUGUACCCGCCUGCCAUGGACUGGAUCUUCCAGUGCAUCUCCUACCAUGCCCCCGAGGCUCUGCUGACCGAGAUGAUGGAAAGGUGUAAGAAACUAGGAAACAAUGCCUUGCUGUUGAAUUCCGUGAUGUCUGCCUUCCGGGCUGAGUUCAUUGCCACAAGGUCUAUGGAUUUCAUUGGCAUGAUUAAAGAGUGUGAUGAAUCUGGUUUCCCCAAGCAUCUCCUUUUUCGAUCACUGGGGUUAAACUUGGCCUUGGCUGAUCCUCCCGAGAGUGACCGACUUCAGAUUCUCAACGAAGCUUGGAAAGUUAUCACUAAGCUGAAGAACCCACAGGACUACAUUAAUUGUGCCGAAGUGUGGGUAGAAUACACCUGCAAGCAUUUCACGAAACGAGAGGUGAAUACCGUUUUGGCGGACGUCAUCAAGCAUAUGACUCCAGAUCGUGCAUUUGAAGAUUCCUACCCCCAGCUUCAGUUAAUAAUUAAGAAAGUUAUUGCCCACUUCCAUGACUUCUCAGUUCUUUUCUCAGUGGAAAAAUUUCUGCCGUUUCUGGACAUGUUCCAAAAAGAGAGUGUGCGGGUGGAGGUUUGCAAAUGCAUCAUGGACGCCUUUAUCAAGCAUCAACAAGAGCCCACCAAGGACCCGGUCAUCUUGAAUGCCCUUUUGCACGUUUGCAAGACCAUGCAUGACUCCGUGAAUGCACUCACCCUUGAGGAUGAGAAAAGAAUGCUGUCAUAUUUGAUUAAUGGAUUUAUAAAAAUGGUUUCCUUUGGCCGUGAUUUUGAACAACAGCUGAGUUUUUAUGUGGAGUCCAGGUCAAUGUUUUGCAAUCUGGAGCCUGUUCUUGUGCAGUUGAUUCAUAGUGUGAACCGGUUGGCAAUGGAGACAAGAAAAGUAAUGAAAGGAAAUCAUUCCAGAAAGACGGCUGCAUUUGUCCGGGCCUGUGUUGCCUACUGCUUCAUCACCAUCCCCUCCCUGGUGGGCAUCUUCACACGUCUCAAUCUUUACCUGCAUUCUGGUCAGGUGGCCUUGGCCAACCAGUGCCUCUCGCAAGCUGAUGCUUUUUUCAAAGCCGCUAUAAGCCUCGUUCCGGAAGUUCCAAAGAUGAUUAAUAUCGACGGGAAGAUGCGGCCGUCGGAAUCGUUCCUUCUGGAAUUCCUCUGCAAUUUCUUUUCUACUUUAUUAAUAGUUCCGGAUCAUCCUGAACAUGGGGUCCUGUUUCUUGUUCGAGAGCUUCUCAACGUGAUCCAGGACUACACCUGGGAGGACAACAGCGAUGAGAAAAUCCGCAUCUACACCUGCGUCCUGCAUCUCCUCUCUGCCAUGAGCCAGGAGACGUACCUUUACCACAUAGACAAAGUGGACUCCAACGACAGCCUCUAUGGGGGAGACUCCAAGUUCCUGGCAGAGAACAACAAGCUGUGUGAGACGGUGAUGGCUGAGAUCCUAGAGCAUCUGAAAACCCUGGCCAAGGACGAGGCCCUGAAGCGCCAGAGCUCGUUGGGCCUUUCCUUCUUUAACAGCAUCUUGGCCCAUGGGGACCUACGCAACAACAAGCUCAACCAGCUCUCCGUCAACCUGUGGCACCUGGCACAGAGGCACGGCUGUGCAGACACCAGGACCAUGGUGAAAACGCUAGAAUACAUCAAGAAACAAAGCAAACAACCAGACAUGACUCAUCUGACAGAGCUGGCCCUCAGACUCCCUCUGCAAACAAGGACCUGACCCCCGGGACCAUCCCCCAGGCUCUGGGACUCUGGCGCCAAAUCCAGAAAGAUCUGCUCUGCUGCCCUGAACUCUUACUGCAAUUUAGGUUUCUCAUUUUUCUUUUCCUUUUACAUAUGUAUAAAUUGGUUUAAGCUUUGGCCUCUAUCCAGGUUAUUCUGACAGUGAAGAAAUGGGAGUUGUCAGAGCAUUAAAAUGCAAUCUUCAUUAA